GCUCCUGGGAUGGCGCCUGCGCCCCGGGAGCGGAGGGCGUUGUGCGCCUGCGCACGGGUGUGGGCUGGAGGCUGAGGGGCGGGGGGAGGUGGGCGGCAAGGGCCGGGUCGGGGUCGGCGGGCGGGGCGAGGUGUUAAGAAUCGGUGCGGCCUCUGUUUCUGCCACAGUGGGGCUGGGCGGCCAGAGAGGGGUGCGCGUAGGGGGCGGCUGCGGCACUGCCGUCCCUGUUCGGCUGCGUAACUUUCCCCGGCGCGGAGCGUGGCCCUUCGGUUCCCCUGAGGCCCAGCGGCGGCGAUGGGUUCCCGGGCAUCGACACUGUUGCGGGACGAAGAGAUCGAGGAGAUCAAGAAGGAGACGGGCUUCUCCCACAGUCAAAUCACCCGCCUGUACAGUCGCUUCACCAGCCUAGACAAAGGAGAAAAUGGGACUCUUAGCCGUGAGGACUUCCAGCGUAUUCCAGAGCUGGCCAUCAAUCCACUGGGAGACAGAAUUAUCAAUGCCUUCUUUCCAGAGGGAGAGGACCAGGUGAAUUUCCGUGGAUUCAUGAGGACACUGGCCCACUUCCGACCCAUAGAAGAUAAUGAAAAGAGCAAAGACCAGAAUGGACCAGAACCUCUGAACAGCCGAAGUAACAAGCUCCACUUUGCUUUUCGGUUAUAUGACCUUGAUAAAGAUGACAAGAUCUCCAGGGAUGAGCUUCUUCAGGUAUUACGGAUGAUGGUUGGUGUAAACAUUUCAGAUGAGCAGCUGGGCAGCAUUGCUGACAGGACAAUCCAGGAAGCUGAUCAAGAUGGGGAUAGUGCCAUUUCCUUUGCAGAGUUUGUAAAGGUUUUAGAGAAGGUGGAUGUGGAGCAGAAAAUGAGCAUUCGGUUUCUUCACUGAUGGAUGGAGAACCUUUUCCUUUAUACCCCCACUAUCUAAUGAAUAGAACUUUGUUUUAUCCUUUGCACCUUCCCACAGAGCAUUGCUGCUGGUGUGUAUACAAUGCAUCUCCAACUCCUCCCUGAUUUGUUCUAACAAUGUGAACAUUCCCUGUGCAUCAGGAACAAAGGGAAAUGGCUGCCAUGCAACUUUGAAAGGAGCAUUUUUUUAUAAAUCUUUUCCUUCCAUUUUUUUUACCCUUCCACCCUUGUCUCCUUCUGCACUGCUGUUUCAGCAAAAAUGUUUCUCCUUAUGUACUGAUGUUUAAUCUACAAACUGAUUCUUCUGAGCUCUGAAUCUGAGAGUGGAAAAGUGGAAUGUGCCACAGAAAGCACCCUCUGAAACACCCUGGAGACAAGCAUCUACUCAAAUACUAGGUGCAAUAUAAAUGAUUCACUUUUGUUUCCAGUAGAAGCACCAGAUUACAGCUGCCUCUUUUAUUUUCCCAUUUGGCUCUUUACAUGCAGAUUUGUUUCUUCCCUGCUUCCAAAUCUGCCUUUUACUGAAGGACUUCUCAAUUUCUAUGGCUUCAUUAUAAAACUGAACACGUGAUGAUAGUCUAGAGUACUUUAAAGUACUGUGAAUAUAUUUUAUUCUUUGGGAUGAAUAGGAGAAUCUGAGGAGGAGACAGGCCCUGUUGACCUCAAAAGGAAUAGGAAUUCUGCACUGCCACAACAGUAGCAGAUGCAGGAAGUUAUUUUGAGUAGCUUGCAGACUUCGUAGCUGGUGGACCAUGAAGCACCUUCUCCGUGUUGCUUUGCUCUAGGAUCCCUCCUCUCAUCAGAGUGGCUUUAGCACCUCUGCAAGUGCAAACCUGUUUACUGGUGUACAUAAUGCAAGAAAACUAGUCAUGCCAAAAUCUGGAUUUGUAGUUUUGUCACUGCCUCCUGGUAAUAGUGUCAUGAAACAUAAUACUGAAUGUUAAGGUUCUUUUCCAAUCACAGUGGCCUGGAAAAUCAGUAAUUAUUUACAUUUUCCAGUGUGGAAGUCCUGGUCUGUUAGAUUUGUGUUGAGGAUGGUAGCUAUAUUUAUGAAAGCUCUGGCAUAAGAAUACAAUUUGAGGAAGUAUGUAUUAUCCUGCAUAUUUCAGAAUUUAUUUCUGCAGAAAUCUCUUUGCAAGUGUAAGAUGAUUAAUGCCAUUAAUAUAAUGGUGAUAAGUUCAAGACAUCAAAAUUAUUGAAGGUUCAACAGUAACAUAAUUUUCUGUGGCAAAUGAGCUCAUCUAGUUCAGCUGGAGGUCUAGGAGGUCCUUCCCAAUACAACCAAAAAAACCCUAGGAGCUUCUUUAUUGAAGAAUCAGUGUUUUAACUGCUUCUCUAUGUCAUGUGUUAACAUUUCUCUAAAUACCAGUCUCAAACUACCCUCAAAUGUGCAUUUCCUUUUUUCCUUAGUUCCUUUAAUUAUCACUUGUGUUCAAGAACAACAUGGAAGUUUCUGAAGGAUUUUUUUAACCUGUUUUAAAUUAAGGAAUUGCAGAGUGAAAUGUUGCACUUUGUUUUGCAGAGUGCAGCACAACUCCAGAAAGAAAUGUAAAUUAAAAACUUCUACUCUGCAGGAGAAAGAAACAUGGUAGUUUUAUGACCAUGUCAUGUAAAAUAGGACUGUAACAAUGUUAACAGAUUGAAAAGUAAAAAAGUGUGUGUAGGUUUUGUGAUUUGCUUAAAAGUAGGUGUUGCUCUCCUGGCUAUAUAGUUGUAACCUACAGUUGUGCCUUACUGUCCCAGUGAGACUGGAUAUUGUAUUUAUCAAUCCGUAAAUAAACCCUCCACUGUAUAAAAUCCC